GAGGAAGAGAGAAGAGAAGAAGAGGAACACGCAGAAGACAAGACAGAGAAAGAGAAGAAGAGAAGAAGUUUUAUUCAAUUUAAUCAGCUGAUCAAUAAUCACGUGAAGACGGACGGAAACACCACAGACAGAUAAAAGCAGCGGAUUAUUGUCUUCAACAUGAACACAGCUGAUCAGAUCGGUCGAGGGACGGAGCCUCUUCAGGUGUUUACAUUAUCACCAUGACAACCACCUGUCUGAGCUGAACCUGUGGGAUGUGAGGUGCAGAGGAACUUCCUGUCUGACAUCACCAUGCCCCCCCUCCUGCUGCUGCUGUUGCCGGCGCUGGCUUGCUGUCAGAGCGCCGGUCCGUUCGACGAGUGUCGGUCUCUGCGCGGCUCGGAGGCCGGGCCGGGCUGGGAGUUCUUCCCCUGCCAGCCCCCCCCCGCCAACAUGAAGGAAGUCAUGCAGAUCAGAGUCGACCCGCCAGGGAUUACCUGCGGAAACCCACCGGAGAGGUUCUGCACACUGGAGAACCCGUACCUGUGCAGCGAUGAGUGUGACGCAUCCAGCCCUGACCUGUCUCACCCUCCUCAGCUGAUGGGAGACAGGGAGAGGGGGGGGCUCAUCACCUACUGGCAGACGGUCACAUGGUCCAGGUAUCCUGAGCCCCUAUUGGCCAACAUCACGCUGUCCUGGAACAAGAGUCUGGAGGUGGUCGAUGACAUCGUCGUCACCUUCGAGUAUGGCCGGCCAACCAGCAUGGUGCUGGAGAAAUCUAUGGACAAAGGUGUAACAUGGCAGCCGUAUCAGUACUACGCUGAUGAUUGUCUGGAGGCGUUCGGUAUGUCUCCUAAACAGGUCUCUGAUUUAGCACCGAGCAACUUAACCCGGGUCAUCUGCACUGAGCAGUACUCGCGCUGGGUCGGAGCCAAGGAGGAGAAGAUCGUGGUGUUCGAGGUGCGCGCUCGGUUCGGGGUGUUUGCAGGUCCAAAGCUGAUCAACAUGCACGCGCUGUACACCCGGAUGGAGACCAUGAAGGGUCUGAGAGACUUCUUUACCUUCACCAACCUCCGCCUGAGACUCCUCCGCCCAGCGCUGGGAGGGACAUACGUCCAGAGAGACAACCUGCUGAAAUACUUCUACGCUGUUUCAAACAUCGAUGUUCCUGCCAGGUGUAAGUGUAACCAGCAUGCAUCUCAGUGUGUGUUACGGGAUGCGACGCUGCAGUGUGAAUGCGACCACAACACAAGUGGACAGGACUGUCAGCGCUGCAGACAAGGGUUCAAAUCCCGCAGCUGGAGACCGGGAUCAUACCUGCCGCUGCCCAGAGGCUCCGCCAACACCUGUGAGGCAGCAGAAACAGCAGACACGGCUGGUGACUCUGACUCAGCAACAUCUGAUAGACCCCCUGCCUCAUCAGAUCGAGUGACUGACACUACAACUACUACUACUACUACUACUACUGAAAGUACUACUGCUGCUCCUAUAACUGAAUAUACGACCACUACUGACAUUAUUAUAACUUCUGACACUCCUAUAACUGAAUAUACCACCCCUACUGACAGUAUUACUCCAGCUAACACUUUUGGCAUUGACUUUUCUGACAUUUCUAUGACUACUUUUCUGUACAUGUUGACUUCUGAUGAAGCUGACGCUACUAUAACUGAAUAUACCACCCCUACUGAACCUUUAGGCACUUCCACUGCUGACUUUACUACGACUACAGACAUUUCUACAACUACUUUUCUGUACACGUUGAAUUCUGAUGCAGCAGACACUACUAUAACUGAAUAUACCACCCCUAUUGACACUUUCGGCACUUCCACUACCGACUUUACUAUGACUACAGACAGUUUUAUAACUACUUUCACGUACAUGUUGACUUCUGAAUCAGCUUCUACAAGCACAGUGAGUCCAUCUGCUGUCACAAAUACAGCCAGUACUCCUUCUACCACUGACACAUUGAGUAUUACUGCUGAAACAAGUUCUAGCAGUGAAACUAGCACUGUAUUCGACAAAGACAGUGUUCUUACUUUUAGUACCAUUAUGACUGAAACUAGCUCUACAACUGACUUUGUUGGUACAAACGAUGCUGGGGACUUUCCCGAAGCUGGAGUAGACUCUACGACUACAAAAGUUGACACAGUUUUUAGUACUUCAGACUCUGAUCUGUUUCCAGAAUUUAGCAGUUCAGCAGAACCAAAAGCGGAUACAUUUCCAUCCAGAAGUCCAGCUCCAGAGACAGGAGACACUCUGUACAAACCAGUUUCCACAAUCCCAGACACCACCACUCCCAGUACCACUGUUACCACCUCCAGUUACACCAGUGCCAACAGCCCCACUGUCCCAGACUGCAGCACUGACUCUGAAGUGUCUAUUUCUGACCCAGUGACUCCGCCCCCUGACUCCACCACCUCACCAGACAACACAGACUCCACCCUCUCUUGGACUGGUACUAUCUUACCUUCUGAUGGGCCAACAACAUCAACCGGGGCUCCAACAACAACAGUCCUCCCAGAAAUAACCCUGGCCAGUGACAGGGCAUUAUCUGGAGAUACAGACCCAACCAACCAGGCUGGAGAUGCUCUACCCACAGCAGGAGCUGACACAACUUCUCCUGAUGUUCUUCCAGAGACUCCGAUCAGUGCACCACCUCCUGAUCUACCUCCUCCAGAUGGAGCCUUUCCAGAUAUUCCCCCUCUGGAUGAACCUCCACCUGAUAAAGUGGACUUUAGCUUCCCUUCUCUGGGUGACCCAUCUUCAGCUGACCGUGGACCAGAUUCUGGACCAGAUUAUGGACCAGUGCCUGUUGGUGAUCCUGGGAACUUUCCAGAUAAUUCCCGUGAAUCUGUUGAUAUUUCUGGAUCAAAUUCAGUCGACUCUGGACUGGAUUCUGUCUCAGCCGGGCUGGAUACAGAGGAAGCAGUAAAAGGUGGAAUUGAGUCAACUCCUGAAGCAGUAGAUGAUCCAGGAGUAGAUUCCUCUGCAUCUCAGAUGGAAGUAAAGUCUUCUGGAGAGGAUUCAGCUGCUAGGGGACCAGCAGGAGGCUCAGAAUCAGUUGCAAAGAAAGACUCUAAACAAGAGAAGACAGAAGAGCAAAAAGAGGAGAAAGUCACUGAGGCCAAAGAUGAAACACCAAAGGAAACAAAAGAAGGAAAAGAAACAAAAGAAGGAAAGGAGAAAGAUGACAAAGGCUAUGAGAAAAAAGCGCCCCAAAAGAUUCUGAUUCCAGGAGGACCAAAGGUCAGUCAGCUGUCCAAAAUCGCCUACGUCUCCUUCCAGGACUGCGAGUGUAAUGGUCACUCCAACCGCUGCAGCUACAUCGACUUCAUCAACGUGGUCACAUGUGUGAGCUGUAAACACAACACACGAGGGCAGAACUGCCAGUUCUGUCGCCUCGGUUACUAUAGAAACCCCUCGCUGCCGCUGGACGCCGAGGACGUCUGUGUCGAGUGUGAGUGCAGCGCGGCUGGCAGUGUGUCUCCUCACUGCUCCGAGUCCGGUCUCUGUCAGUGUAAAGGUGGAGCCACCGGGCGGCGCUGUGACUCCUGUCUGCCUGGAUACACCUGGAGAGGGGGCGGAGCCAGCUGCACAGAGAAUGUGUGUGACGAGGAGAGUCUGGUCUGUCAGAACGGAGGAACCUGUGUCGACUUCCGGCGCUGCGUCUGUCCGGCAAACGCCACAGGUGUGCUGUGCGAGAACAGAGUGUGUCUGAAGAAGGGCGGUUGCCAGGACGACGCUGAGAGCUCUGCCCCCUCUCUGACAUCACAGCUUUACCUGCUGAGCCUCGGUCUGAUCUGCUCCACCCUCCGCUGACCCCCCCCAGACCACGCCCACUGAUGACGUCACACCGGGAUGAGGAACAGGAAGUGACAUUACAGCUGGAUACACCUGUGACGUGUUGAUUUACCGUUCCAAACUGAAACUAAAACAUAUUUAUAACUAAUAAGCUGUGACUCAGUCAAAUGUUACAUUUCUCAGGAUUUUAGAACCACCGUGUUCAGACAUAUGAAACUACACGGAUAACCGUUAGCUCGCCAGGCUAAAGCUAACGUUAACACAACUUGGUGGGAAAAGGAGAAACUGUCACGUGACUCAGGCUCCAUCUCCAGCACUACGUUUGGGUUUUUAAGGUUCUGAGUUCGGAUCCAAAGUGAUCUCCAGUAGAAGAAGUAAUCUAACAGCCCAAACCUCAUAUCUCAUCAUCAUUCUGGUAUACUGGACAUAAACAGUUACCAUGGUAACAUCCUGGUAUACUGGACAUAAACAGUUACCAUGGUAACAUCCUGGUAGACUGGACAUAAACAGUUACCAUGGUAACAUCCUGGUAGACUGGACAUAAACAGGAGGCAGCGUGGAGACUCCUCCCCCUGCUCGUAGUUACCAUAAUAACGUUAGGAGCAUGGGGAAUGAGAGGGGGGAACACCAGAGCAGGGGGAAUG